AUGGGUAAUGGUUGCUCAUGUCAAUGCUAAGCAAAAGGGAUGGAUGAAGUUGAACUCAACACUAAUCAAAAAUAAUAAAGCUAAUCAAAACCCAAUGCUAAAAUGGAUUCAUGUCAUAAUUAGGAAGCUGAUGUACAAGAAGGAAAUAAUAAAUAAAAGAAAGAAAAAAUAGGAGCACAUUUAAAGGAUGAAGAUGUUGCUUAAAUGGCAGGAGCAAGAAAUAAUUCAAUAGAAGACAGUUCUUCUCCAAAACUAAUGAAAAGAGAAAAUGGUAAAAUAUUAUAAUUGGAAUGUAGAUGAUAACAAACCAGAAGAUUAAUAUAUUUCAUUAGUUUAAUCUACUAAAGGAAAACUAACAAGAACUAAGUUAAGUGCAAUUGAAAUGAAAAAUGGAGGAGUAUAUGAAGGUGAAUGGAAAAAUGGUUUGAGAGAUGGUUAAGGGAAAUACGUUUGGCCUGACAGAAGUUUUUAUGAAGGAGAGUGGGUAGAAGACAAAGCUAAUGGAUUUGGUAAACUAGGUAGAUUAAAAUUAUAAAAUUAAAGUGCAUGUGGAUGGUGAUAUAUAUGAAGGUUAAUGGUUGGAUGAUAUGGCAAAUGGUCAUGGAGUUUAUAUCCAUAGUGGUUUAUAUUUUUAUUAUAAAUUAGGUGGUGCUAGAUAUGAAGGAGAUUGGAAGAAUGAUUUACAACAUGGUUAAGGAGUGGAAGCUUGGCCAGAUGGAGCAAAAUAUGAAGUAUAUAAAUAAUGAGUACUAUAUUGCUAGGGUAAAUAUGAAAAUGGAAAGAAACAUGGAUAAGGCACUCUUACUUUUGCAGAUGGUAGCUACUAUAAAGGUGAUUUUGUUGAGAAUGACAUUACUGGUUAUGGAGAGUAUUAUUGGAAGGAUGGCAAAUCAUACAAAGGUUAAUGGAAUAAUAGUAAGAUGAAUGGAAAAGGUAUCACUUAAUGGGCAGAUGGGAAAAGAUAUGAUGGAGAUUAUAAAGAUGAUAAAAAACAUGGUUUUGGUAUAUUUUAAUGGGAAAAUGGAAGAAAAUAUGAGGGAUAUUGGAUAAAUGGUAAAUAACAUGGAAAGGGAAUGAUCACUUUACCUAAUGGAGAAAAAAAAGAGGGAUUAUGGGAAAACGGGAAAAGAGUAAAGUGGUUGAAUGUAGAUGAAUCUCCAAAUAGUUGA